AUUUCAUUACUGAGCUGACUCGUCUUUGUUCUUGUAAUUCUUACAAAAAUAGAGUAUUUGCAAAACGGUUAGAUCUAUUAAGUUGCCUGCCUUGGGUUUGUGGUUAGUUUUUUUUUGCUAUUUAGCAUAGCAAACAAUAAUAGAAAAACUGGCAGCUCUCCCGCGGUGGCCACAAAAGCAAGCGCCCGGUUCAGAGAUCGAAUCGGAUCAGAUCGGAGCAGAGGAGCGUGUUCUAUGUUCCGUCCGCCCUGAGCACAAAACACUCGCCAGCUACUUUGGCGGCUGUCGUCGUCGACGGCGUCGUGGCGAUAUAUAUUUUUCAAUUUUUAUAAUUAGUAUUUGUGGCGUGCGCUUUCGUAAAUGUUGCUCUGAUUUCGGACUGUUUGUUGUUUGCUUCAAAAAGAACCCGCUGAAAACCUCAAAAUAUAAAAAUUCAAUUUAAAAAACCCGCUAAUUUUGAUAGCCAGCUGGCAAAUGGCUCAAAGUGCGUGUAAAAAUCAAAGCCAAAAUUCAAAAUGCAUUGAAGCAGUUGAAGCAAAUUAAAGUUGAAAUUGAAAUUGAAUUCGAUUUGGGUUCAGAAUCAAAAUUGCAAUCGCAAUCGCUAUCGAAAUUGUCGCUGCUUCUGUUGUGUGUCUAUUUCUGUCGAAGCUGCCAAAAUAUAUCGUACAAUUUCAAUUAUUUUUACAACACAUAAAUACGCUCUUUAUAUAUACUAUAUAUGUAUAAAUAUACUAAGUACAUAUACUUAACUAUACAGACAGUACAUAUUCUCUCGUCGAUUUAAUGCAAAAAUACCAAAUAUUGUAAAGCGUACAUUCAGUUAAUUUCAUGAAAUAGAUCAAGUCAAAAGGAAGAAUCUUUAAAGCAAGCGCUCAACUUUGAUCAGUUCUUGCAUCUAUCAGAUACAUGUGUGUACAUAUGGAUAUGGCUGUGUUUGUAGCAUACGAAUAUAAGUAAUAUUUAUCGGAUUUCCGUCAUCAGAGCGAAGGAAUUAAAAAAAUAAGUACGAGAAAAAAAAGAAACCCACGCAAAAAAAAUGGCCACAUUUCUAAGUCGUUUUCAACGUGAAAAAAGCGAAAAGAUUUUACCAAAUGAAAACGGCAGCAGCAACAUCAACACGACGAAGAAAACAGCUGACAUGGAGGCGGCGGCAGCGACGCCGACUGCACAGCCGCGUCAGCAGAGACGCUACAUGCGCAGCGCGACGGCAGCGAGCGUCACACAGCUGCUCUCUGAAAGCUGCAACAGUUUGCUGCAACGCUUUCGACGCAAUCCGAGCGAACGACCUGAUAACAACCAGCAGCAGCAACAACAACAACAACAACAACAACUUCGACAGCAACAGCAGCAGCAGCAACGCAAUCGUGCGCCAGCCAUAAACGAGGAUAGCACAAACAACAACAACAACGAACGCUCCAAGACUCCAACGAAUGAGAACAGCAACAAGAACAACAACGAUAAAAGAAAAGGGAGUCUAACAAAACAACAGAAACGUCGCCGCAGCUCGGAAAAGUCUUCAAGCGGUCGAAGGCGCCCGGAAGCGGAAAGAGACAGGGACAGGGAUAAAGAGAGGGAUAGGGAACGCGAACGGGAACGGGAUCAAAACACCAAUAUGGAUCGCCACAGACGCUACUAUGCAGGCGGUGGUUUGGGCUAUCAUCCCAUCACGAGUGGUAGCAGUGCAGCGGGGGGAGCGGGAAGCAGCAGUGCCGCCAUUAUGGGUCGUUAUCAGAAGAGUGCCACAACGGCCAAUGCGCUGGACAGGCUGCGAACGCAUCUGAGUCCCGUUAGCAGCUACUAUAAACCGGCGUCAGUACGAAGCAGGCGUGAUCUAGAAGAUCGUCGCGAUUUCCUCUUGGACAAAGACAAGACGCCGACAACAACAACCGGAACAGUUUCUGCCGUGUCACGGCUGGAGAACAAAUACUCGGAUAUAUUGGAGCGUACGGCAGGACGGCGUCGACACGAGGAAGAUCGUGACAAGACAUUGGAACCAGAUGAUUAUGGUGGUUUAUUGUCGCGCAGUGCCACAUCGCAUCAUUUGGCCAAAUCGAAGUUAUCAUCGAACUCCUUCAACGCCUCCGAUCGCACUGCCAAAGAGCGGACUCCCUACAGAAGUCGGCUCCAACAAAGACAGCGUUAUAUGGCGGAUUCUACAGACAGUGGUUAUCUAACCAGUGGUAAUCGAUUGCUGGACGAUAACUAUCCACUCGAUUAUAGUGGUGGUGGUGGCAAUCGUUAUCAUCAUCAGACCAACGAUUAUCAUGAUGCACUGCGUGCUGGAGGCGCUACAGGGUAUCCAACUAGUCGUUAUGGCCGUAGAGCAGCAAAUGAAGAUACUGCAUUAAAUGCACAGCGUUUAAGUCGAGCUUAUGGCCGAAAUAAAACUGAACUUGUGACUGCAGAUACUCAAAUCAACACUGAGAAUCACACGGAGAAUUUUCGCAAUCGCUUCGGCAAUCGACGCAGAGAAGAAGCGCCUCCGCCGGAAUUAACGGCCGAGGAUCGAGAGAUUCUAGCGGAUGAUCGUUCGUCGGAGGAUAAUGCGGCCAUAUUGUUGCUGCUGCGCGAAGAUAAUCAAUUUCUGGAGGCAAAAAAGUUUGAGGAACGCAUGCGCAAAAGACGCGAGCUUAAGGAGCGUGUGAGGCAAUUGGAUGAACUGGAGGCUAAAAAGAAGACUGAAGCAGAAGCAAAAGCAGCAGCAAAAGCGGCAGCAGCAGCACAGAUGGAAGCAAUUGAAGCAGCAGCAGCAACAGCCACAGCAGCAACAGCUACAACAGCAACAGCUGCAACAACUGCUUCUAAUGGAGAUGCCCCCAAAGAGACGCCCAAGAAAAAGUCGCGCAACAAAAAAGUAACUAACGAAAACGCUGAUACCAAUGAAAUUGAUGUUGAAGAUGAUGAUGAUGAUGAUUCAUGCAGCUCAAGCUCAACAGAGAGUAGCUCUGAUGAGAACGAUGAUGUCCAACUAACAAACACAAAAAUCACAACAACAACAACAACUACAGACGAGACCGACACUCAUUCAAACUCCAACUCCAAUACGAUUCCAAGCACAAGCAACAGUAACAACAACAACAACACGACCUCCUCCUCCUCCACCUCCUUAUCAUCAACAUUAUCUGCUACUAGCAACAUAAUACCCUCUGCUCUCUCUAAACUAACACUGCAAGACACGGCGGCAACAUCGACAGCAGGCAGCAGCAGCAACAACAGCAACAAAAAUCGUUUACUGCUCAACACAGAUCGCAACAACAACAACAGUAACAGUAACAGCAGCAACAAUACUUACAACGAUCUGUCCAAAUAUAGACCCAGCAAUCUAUUGCACUCUUCAAGCUCCGGAGCACUUGCCUUUGGUGGCAUUGGCGCUCGUUUAGCAGCAACAGAUUCACGUCGACAGCAGCAACAGUUGCAGCAGCAACGUUAUCAGGGAGCAAGUUCGCGCACAGCUGCGGUGCUCAGUGAAUUUGAACGCUAUAAGCCCGCAAGUUAUCUGAACGAUAGUUAUGGCAGUUCAAGUAGCCGACGCGCCAAUGCAUUGGGCAGUUCACUCUACCACCAGCAACAACAGCAGCAACAGCAACAUUAUCUACAGCAACAACAUGAUCACUAUCUGCUGUCCAAGAGUGCCACCUCAGCGGCACUGUUCCAUAGGUCUCGCAUUCCAAAGACUCUUUCGACAUUUGUAAGCCAACUCCGAUGCAUUUUUAUAUGCAGCCUUGAGCUUCUUGCGCCCGCCAGCAAUUGAACCUGCUUCCCUUUCCUGUUCCUAAUCCUGAUCCUCUUUCUAACAGUGUUGUCAGCAUUUUAAGAGCUAAAGUAUAUAAUUUGAUCAAAUAAGUUAGCUAGAAAUAGCUAACGAAUUGC